AUGGCUACAUCCAAGGCUAAGGAGAUCGUUUCCGCCAACCCCGUCGUCGUCUUCAGCAAGACGUACUGUCCGUUCUGCGUGAGCGUGAAGAAGUUGCUCACUGAGCUCGGUGCCUCCUUCAAGGCUAUUGAGUUGGACACUGAAAGUUGUUUACGUGCAAACUUUCGAAAGAGUGAGACCAAGGAAAUUGUCCACCAAAAGACCAUAAGGGAGAUGCCAUUGGCUGUGACUCCCAUCGGCCGCCUUCCUAAGGUUUUUCCUUCUUCGACUGGAUCUGCAAAGGAUCUUCGACUGUUUGAAUUAGUCUAUGACUCUGAUGGGAGCGAGAUUCAAUCAGCACUGCGUGAAUGGACUGGACAGGGGACUGUGCCUAAUGUGUUCAUUGCUGGCAAGCACAUUGGUGGAUGUGAUGCCACCACUGCCAUGCAUAAGGGAGGGAACCUCAUGCCAUUGCUAAAUGAAGCUGGUGCAGUUGCUAAAUCUUCAGCUUAG